GCCUUCCGGGGCGACGCAGCGUGUGACGCCUCCGCAGCUGUGCCGGGGUUAAUGGGAAAAGUUUUGGCCGGACCGAGGAUCCCGGGGAGUCCGGGAAGCCGCCGCGGAGGUGGAGGUUUAGCUGGUGCCGGAGUCGGGGCGGGCGGCAGUCCGGGCAGUUUUCUGUGGUGUGUUUGGCAUGCAUGUGGCACUUCCAAGACUGUUGCUGCUCACUGAUACAUGAGGAUGCAUUCUUCAAAGAGAGAGGAAAGAGACAUGGUGCACAGAUCUUGAAGACCCUGAUCUUAGAGUCAAGAAGGUCUUCAUUCAAAUCCCAUUUCUGGUGCUUACAAGUUUCCUGAUCUGGAGUACUGCUUGGAUGAUACAAGGAAGUAAAAGAGCAGCUAGUGUGUGAUAACUCAUGGGAGCUUCAGCUGGGGACAUGCAUUCCUUUUGGCUAACAGGAAGCCCCCUGUAGAGGUCUACCUGUGAACAGAUACAGAUGAUGCCAGAACUAUGACAGGGCCGGCAGGCGUGGCACUGAGGGGUGAUCAACCAUGGAGCAGCUACAAAAGGAAGUACCUCAGAUCAGGGAAAAAGAGGAGAAAGAGGAAGUGGCAGUGACAGUGGCAGAAGAAGCUCCAGACCAAAAUGGGGGACCGGAGAGUUCACUUCCUUCCAGCAGCUAUUCAGACCUUUCUCAGAGCUCCUCGCCAUCCCUAUCGGAUCAACUCCAGAUGGGCUGUGAUAGCGCUUCCUCCGGGAGUCUUAACAUGGAAUGCCGGGUCUGUGGGGACAAGGCGUCGGGCUUCCACUAUGGCGUUCACGCGUGUGAGGGCUGCAAGGGCUUUUUCCGCAGAACCAUCCGUAUGAAGCUCGAAUAUGAGAAAUGUGACCGGAGUUGCAAGGUCCAAAAGAAGAAUCGCAACAAGUGUCAGCAUUGCCGCUUUCAGAAAUGUCUGGCACUGGGCAUGUCUCACAAUGCAAUUCGCUUUGGCCGGAUGCCAGAAGCAGAAAAGAGGAGGCUGGUAGAAGGACUGACUGCAAGUGAAGUGAGUGGUCAAAAUCCACAAGGAGCUGACCUGAAGGCUUUCUCCAAGCAUAUCUAUAAUGCCUACCUGAAAAACUUCAACAUGACCAAAAAGAAGGCUCGAGGGAUCUUGACUGGCAAGGCCAGCAGCACACCUGCAGAGAAGGGACUAGUCUGGAAGCAGCUGGUGAAUGGGCUCCCCCAGUACAAGGAGAUGAGCGUACACGUAUUCUACCGCUGCCAGUGCACCACAGUGGAAACAGUUCGCGAGCUCACCGAGUUUGCCAAGAGCAUCCCCAGCUUUGUCAGCCUCUUCCUGAAUGACCAGGUGACCCUGCUCAAGUACGGCGUCCAUGAGGCUAUUUUUGCCAUGCUGGCCUCCAUUAUGAACAAGGAUGGACUCUUGGUGGCUAAUGGUAAUGGCUUUGUGACCCGUGAGUUUCUCCGAAGUCUUCGAAAACCCUUCAGUGAGAUCAUCGAGCCCAAGUUUGAAUUUGCUGUCAAGUUCAACGCCUUGGAGCUAGAUGACAGUGACUUGGCUCUUUUCAUUGCUGCCAUCAUCCUUUGUGGAGAUCGCCCUGGCCUCAUGAAUGUCAAGCAAGUGGAGGAGAUCCAAGACAACAUCCUAAGGGCCCUGGAGUUCCACCUACAAGCCAACCAUCCUGAUGCACAGUACCUCUUCCCCAAGCUGCUGCAGAAAAUGGCUGACUUAAGGCAGCUGGUGACAGAGCAUGCUCAGAUAAUGCAGAAAAUCAAAAAAACUGAAACAGAGACCUCACUGCAUCCUCUACUUCAGGAGAUCUAUAAGGACAUGUAUUGAAGCCCUGAGAUAAGAGAUGCCCAGGGUGGUCUAGGCCACAUGUGAGCUAUCCAGGUACUAAAUAUCCUGGUGCUGAAGGACACAUAGUGGCUUGAAGAAGCACUGUCCACAUCCCAGUUCCGUUGACUUUACCCAGAGGCACUUGCAUUCCUCUGGAGUAGUCCAAACUUACACUUGUGCUUGUGUGCAUGCGUGUGCAUACACACACACACACACACAUUCUCUUUGUCUUUCUGUCUAUCUCUUCCCUUCUUCCCUCCCCAUCCCUUUCUGUCUGUCUCUCGGAACCAGGUUUGUAUUAUCUCACCAGCAGAAACUAGAACAGGCCUCUACUUUUUCCUCUUUGCUGGAUGAGGCCUUUCUAUUCCCUCCAUUCUACUGGGACAAAAAGGUGGAGGAGGUGCCAAGCUUCUCAGGCUCUCAUUUUCAUAGUGUAAGACGUUUGAGACAUCCCAAAGAAACACUAAGCUGGGUCUAGGCCUCCUGUCCCUCUCCCAGCCUUUAGCAGUUGACAAGAUUUCAUUCCCCUUUGAAACAUCCUCCAGCUGUCUCCAACUUUCUCUCCAGUUCUCCUGGGAAAUUGGUGGAUAAGGUUGGAAGUAGUAACCUCAAGGAAAUGGAAGGAAUAUGCAAACCAGAAAAGGGUCACCCAGCAGAACCCCUGUGGACUUCCUGGGACUUUGUGAAUAGGUCUCCUAGGGUCAGUUAUGGGCUUUGGUAGCAAACUAGAUUGAUGUCUAGCAUUUCUGUUCUUCCGUGUUGGUGUUUACUACAGCCUCUGGUGCUGACUGACAUGGGGACUCCCUCUUUGAUGUCCAAGAGACUGGAUGAGUAUCUCUGAAAGCAGCAAGCCCCGUGGUGUUUGGGGAGGUUAAAAGGAAACCCACAAUCCUUUAAGCCUUAGGGCUAAUUUCAUUUUGAAGGCCUUCUCCCUCCCUCUGGACAGUUGAUGGGAUUCAGCCAUGUCAACCUCCUGUCCCACAUUUCAUUACUAAGUCUUAGUACACACUACCCUGCCCAGAAGCCAUAACCAGUAUCUAGAUAUUUUGAACUGAGUUUGAGCUUAACCUUCCCCCUUCCUGAUAAGAUGUGGAGAAGCUGGUGCUGUUAUCCAAGUCCUAACACCCCCUACUGCACUCCCAAGAGCCACCAUGCUGGCACCAACCACAAGCACUGAAUUCACUUUAAUCACAGGUUCCAUCCCCUUUCCCUAAACAGGACAGAGCUUCAGGAGCCACAUAGGGCUCCAGGCUCCCGGGUUGUUAGAUUGGGUGAGCUGCAUUCUCUUUUCUGGAAAGGUUUUAAAUAAGAAAUUCCCAGUGAACAGGGCAUCUCUGUUGACUCAGCAGCUGCCCCAGCCUCUCCAACACCUGAUGACAGUUUAACUGAAAGAGGUGGUGACUGGGGAUGAGAGCAAAAUAUUUCAUUCUGUAUAAUCUUCUGUAGGCUAGAAUGACCUAUCCCUUUUCUUCAAAGCUUACCACUACCACCUAUCACCCAGUAGCCCAUUGCACUGCUGGGCCCUGAGGAGGUCAGACAGGCUGAUCUGGCCCAGCUCAGCAUGUAGGUGCUUCUGUGAACCACCUCCCUCAUGCCUGACAUGUCCCUCACACUCCCUACCACCAGGAGAGAGGUCCAGGCCAUUUUUUAAAUUGUAACUUCUCACCUUGGAGGUAGGCACUAAGGUCUGGGGCACAACCUAGGAAUAUUCCUAGGAAGUCAUUCCUAAGAGAAACAGCAGACUAUCCACUCCAGCUCCUUGAGGGGGAAAAUUAUUUACUCUAGGGUCAUCCUGGCAGAACUAGGACUGGAACCUAGUUCAGAGGAAUCAAAGCUGGGCUCCUACAGCCUAGCAGAUGGGUGGGAGCACUGGUGCAGGGAGCCUUUCAGGCUGCUGGCAGCCUUGGGUUAAUGGGGUGGAGCUGGGAAGAAAUGAGAAAGAAGAAAAGAAAUCCCAGCUAUUUUACCCCCUCUGCAUUCUUUAUGCUUUUUUUGGGGGGGAGGUGGGGGAGAGGAACCCAGACCACCUUAUCCCUUCUUUAUUCUGUCUUCUCCAAGUCCACCCUUGGCUUGGUAUUGAGGUCAGAAGUUCCUGAUGCAGGACCUCCACCACCCCCCCCCCCCCCCCCCCCCCCCCCCCCCCCCCCCCC